AGCGCCCCGGAGCAGGAGCCGAGCUGGGGCGAUGUGAAGGGAUUUCCUCACAUGUAUUUUUUCCCAAGUCUCUUUGAAUCCUACAUAAUACAAGACUGGGGUUAUGAAGUCAAUCCUAGAUGGCCUCGCAGACACAACUUUCCGAACAAUUACAACAGAUCUUCUUUACAUGGGUUCCAACGAUAUCCAGUACGAAGAUAUUAAAAGUGACAUGGCCUCCAAACUAGGAUAUUACCCACAGAAAUUCCCAUUAUCUUCCUUCAGGGGUGAUCCUUUCCAAGAAAAAAUGACUGCAGGAGAUGAUCCCCUAUUAAGUAUCAUUCCAUCGGAUCAGAUCAAUAUUACAGAUUUUUACAACAAGUCCCUAUCCACUUUCAAGGAUAAUGAGGAGAAUCUACAAUGUGGGGAGAACUUCAUGGAUAUGGAGUGCUUUAUGAUUCUAAACCCCACCCAGCAGCUGGCCAUUGCAGUGCUGUCCCUUACCCUGGGCACCUUCACCGUUCUGGAGAACCUUCUAGUGCUGUGUGUUAUCCUGCACUCUCGAAGCCUCCGGUGCAGGCCUUCCUACCAUUUCAUUGGCAGCUUGGCAGUGGCUGACCUCCUGGGCAGUGUAAUUUUCGUCUACAGUUUUGUUGAUUUCCAUGUUUUCCAUCGGAAAGACAGUCCUAAUGUGUUUCUGUUCAAGUUGGGUGGAGUUACAGCCUCAUUCACUGCCUCAGUAGGCAGCCUUUUCCUUACUGCAAUAGACAGGUACAUAUCUAUACACAGGCCACUAGCUUACAAAAGAAUUGUUACCAGGCCAAAGGCUGUCGUAGCAUUCUGUGUGAUGUGGACCAUAGCUAUCGUAAUAGCUGUUCUUCCUCUGCUCGGCUGGAACUGCAAAAAACUCAAUUCUGUUUGUUCAGACAUCUUCCCUCUCAUUGAUGAGACCUAUCUAAUGUUCUGGAUUGGGGUCACCACUGUACUCCUGCUGUUUAUUGUAUAUGCCUAUAUGUACAUAUUGUGGAAAGCUCAUAGUCAUGCUGUUAGAAUGAUUCAGCGUGGCACUCAAAAAAGCAUAAUAAUUCAUACCACAGAGGAUGGUAAAGUACAUAUUACUAGACCUGAUCAAACUCGUAUGGACAUCAGGUUAGCCAAAACCUUGGUCCUUAUUCUGGUGGUUUUAAUCAUAUGCUGGGGCCCUCUACUUGCAAUUAUGGUGUAUGAUGUCUUUGGGAAAAUGAACAAGCUCAUCAAGACUGUCUUUGCAUUCUGUAGCAUGCUCUGUUUGAUGAAUUCAACAGUGAAUCCCAUCAUCUAUGCUCUAAGAAGCAAGGACUUGAGACAUGCUUUUCGGAGCAUGUUUCCAACCUGUGAAGGGACUACGCAGCCUCUUGAUAACAGUAUGGAGUCUGACUGCCAGCACAAACAUGCUAACAAUGCAGGUAAUGUUCACAGGGCAGCUGAAAGCUGUAUUAAGAGCACAGUUAAGAUCGCCAAAGUGACCAUGUCUGUCUCCACAGACACAACUGCAGAGGCAUUGUAAAUCAAAGCCCUCUCAACAUUGUGAGAAUAGAAGUUAGUUUAAAACAAACAAAAAAUACAUGACCUAAAGCUUUUGUUCCCUCACCUGUAACAUUUUUAAGUUUGUCAUAAUAAGCUAUACAAUGAUUGUUUUAAGAAUCAUUGCCAUCAGCCAAUCCUCCAAGUUUAAUAAUUAGGGAUUCAAACUAUUUUAAAAAAGAAAAGUUUUCAAUUAAAGAAAGUGCUCAUUGAAUAAUAAAGUAUAAAACUCUGGCAGAAUGUACAGAAAAUGUCAAACUAGCAACAAUUCCUUCAGAAGUUACUGGGGAUGGAGUGGAGGGGAAUCUGAAAACUUGUGAAACCUAAUUGAAAACUAAAACAUCAUAAAGCCAUGUCAUCAAAUAAGAAAGCCUUGUAAUCAUAAUGUUCAUUCCAUUGUGAAAUGUAUUAAAUGUCUAUAAGUCAUAGAAGUUUUCAUUUCUUUCCAAAAAGCGGCAGUACUAAGUUUUAGAGGUUCUGUAAAAUGUGUUGUGUCCUGUGAAAUGUAUACUGUUUUAUUACUUGUUACUGAUAUUUGUCUAACUAAACCAAGUGAUAACGUAAACUUGUGUGGAAAUAAUGUGAAAUAUGUGUUAUGUAAACCCCACUGAAAAUACCUUCUGUAUUUGAAGAACUCCUAUGAGCUAUUUUGGAAAUUUUACACGUUUAGUAGGCUUCUGUGGAUUUAGAGGAAAGGCAUUGUAUUUCUUCAACUAAAAUUAUUUGACAUUUGAAAUCCCCAUUAAUUUUAACUUUCAUCUGUGUACAAGAAUAACAGCAACAAGGGAAUAUAGACUAGCACUGCAGAGAAAGGAAUGCAUUGGUUCAGACUUUUAAAUACCACUGCGUUUAUACAUAAGGACAUUUAUUGCCUUACGGACUAUGCCUUUCUGGUGGGCAUUAUGUAAAUAUGAACAGUAAAAAGAAAAGGUACUGGAUACUGGCUUCUUUAAUUGGCAACUGCUAGCACUGGACCUCUGAAAACAGCAUGUGUCAGAUUCAGUGUAUAAUGUUAUCACUGUGCGUUGAUAUAUACUUGAACUGUGCUGCAUUCCUAUAUCCCAGGAUUAAACAGAUUUAAAGCCUGAGAUGCCAAACUCCAGUCUUCACUAAACAAGGAGCAAGUAUUGUUAAAAUUAGAUAUUUUUUAUGUUUGAGCGUGUAUAUAAAUAAAUAUCUGUGUGUGUGUGUGCUCACGCGUGUGUGUACGUAUACUAAGUAAACAUGGGUCACAGUAGUAUUACUAAGAUAGGAAACUGUGACCAAAUGCAAACUAUUUCCUGUUGCACUCUUUGCACAUGAAUUCUGUUCCUAAAAUUGAGUUCUUCCAGCUGACGUGAUGAACAUACUAAUUGUAAGAUUCAGAACAUACUUGUAGAUCCACACUGAGAG